AUGGACAAAAAAAUUACACGGUUUAAGGAAGAAAUCAAGAAGAUUGAUGAUAUGGUAAGCAAUGGAGUGUAUGAUGGAACGAUUAAGGCUAGAAGAAAGGCGUUGGUCACUUGUUGUGAGAGAUGGUAUGUAAGGAAAGAAGUUCAUUGGAAACAGAUGUCUCAGUCCUGGCAUGCGAAGAAGAUGGACAAAAAUACAAGAUACUUUCACAAUAUAGCCUCAGCAAGAAGGCGGAAUAAUAGGAUUGAUACACUGGUGAUAAACGGCAUACAGGUCAAGAAUCAAGCGAGAAUUAAGGUAGCUAUCAGAGAAUUCUACAAGGAUUUAUAUCAUCAGAAAGCUUCUCCUAUGAUGGGAUUCAAAGAUGGUUUGGUGGGUAAGAUAGAUGAGACAGAUGCUAGGACUUUAGUGGAGCUGCCAUCGGCUGAAGAGAUCAGAGCGACUGUGUGGGACUGCGACUCAUCUAAAGCGCCAGAUACCAAUAUCACUUGGGUGGCGCUUGCACCCAAGUUCGUUGGUGCGAAGGAGAUCAAAGAUUUACGGCCUAUAAGUAUGGUGGGGUGCGUUUACAAGGUUAUCUCGAAGGUACUAGUUAGGAGGAUGAGGGCAGUCAUGCCGGGAUUAGUAGGGGAGACUCAAAGUGCGUUUGUCAAAGGGAGAAAAAUACAUGAUGGGGCACUUAUUGCGUGUGAAAUAGUAAACCGGCUGAAACUGAGGAAAAAUGAGGCAGCAAUAAUCAAGCUAGAUUUUCAGAAAGCAUAUGAUAGAGUCAAAUGGAGUUUUGUCGACAUUGUAUAA